GGAGGGAGGGGGAGAAUCCAAUCCGGUUUGAGCUAGUUUUCUUCCAAUGGAACAUUAAGUCUCACAGCCUUGUGUUAGAUUGUUCCGGCACAGCUUUAUCCUCAAAAUACCACUGUAUUUUCUCUUGUGUUCUGUAUAAUUUAACUCUUUUUUAAAACUGAAAUACACAACACAAACCAGCCAUGCCUAAAAGGAGCAAAGCAACUGCAGCAGCAGCAGCAGGCGAUUCAGCGCCCAAGAGGAGAUCUCUCAGGUUAAAAGAUAGACCUGCAACUGCUGCCCCAGAGCCCAAAGCUAAGCCAAAGAAGGGACCAGCCAAGGCUAAGAAAGCUAAGGAGGUGGAGAAGGCCAAGCCUGAGGAAAAAGCACCAGAAGCCCCCGCAGAAAACGGCGAGGCAAAAGCUGAUGAAGAGGCACCUGCUUCAGAUGCUACAGAAGAAAAAAAUGAUACUGAAUAACAUUGACACUUCUUUUACCAGUGCUCCCUGUACCUCUUUUCUUGUACAAUUCAGGGGAAUAUUUUUAUCAACUAUUUUCUAAAUACAAGUUUUUUAGUAGUUUGAUUGUAGAGAACACUUUUUUUUAUGAGAAAAAAAAACAAGAUGCAGGAGUUUCAUUGCACCUCAGAAUUUCGCUCUGAAAAUUACUAUCAUUGUUGCUGUCAUUGGAUUUCCAUUCAUUUAAAAAUGUGAAGGAGGGGAGGGUGCAGGACAGGUUAUAGGGUGGUGACACGCAAGCACAGAGUUCACAGGAGCAGGGGCAACGAACAUAAGCUUGCCUGCGUGGAUUACAUUCCAUAUGCUUUAUAAGGGACAGUUUCUGUAAUCUGUGUUGGGGUGGGGGCGGACAUAUUCACAAGGUAACUUCUCUUUUUCUGAAUUAAGACAAAGAACAGUGUUUUAGAAUGGUUUUAAGCUUUGUUCUUAUACAUGAACUCUUGUACUCACAGUUUUCGUAAUGAACUUGGAUCAAUGCUAAAAGUCCCCAGUAUUGGAGCUCUAAUGUCAGAACUGUGCAUCAUGUGUUGUUUGUGUCUGUUCUGUGAUAGCAUUGCAAUAAAUUUUGUAUAGCUGCUGUGAAAAAAA